AAACAGCACCUGCAGAAACACAACGGAGAAAAAUUCAACAGUUUAAAUUAGUUUAUAUUUCUGAGAGUGCUGACGUAUGACGUAGAAACCGGAUAAGGUUCUUUCACUUCCGCUAACGUCACCACUGGACGUGAGUUUUGAGGUUAGCCUGAGAAAAGGGGAACAAACCUGAGAGCAGAGGCCAGAUAUGGCUCCAUUCAGGAGAUUUCUGUGGAUCUUCUUGUUUUGUGCUGUGAACACAGUGAGCUGCCAGGUGAACGUCCAGGGUUUCAUCAGAGGAAGUGUCCUGCUGCCCUGCAUCUACAGAGGACCUGACCCUCUGCCAGGGAACCCCAACGUCUCCUGGAUGGACAAAGACGACAACAUUGUGCUGACUGUCAUGAGCGGUGUCCAGAAUACAGCGUCUCAGAACCAGAACUUUAGAGGCAGAGUAAACAGUUUCCCUGAUCUGUACACGUCAGGAAACUUCUCCAUCGUCCUGCAGAACGUCCAGCUGUCGGACAGCGGCACCUACGAGUGCCACAUCCCGAAGGUGGACUUCAAGCAGAGAGUCCAGCUGACCGUUACAGAGAAACGUGUUGACGUCACAGCGACUCCUGGACCAUCAGCUGGUAACGCUGCAGUCACACCAGACUCCCUCCUCCUGCUCCUCCUGCUCCUCCUCCUGGCUCCGCUCUCUCUUCCUGUCUAUUUAUCUGUCCUUUAAAGUGUUAUUCGUCUCCACACGCUGCCCCAUCAGCUCAGACCGCUGCUCCUCCACCUGUGGCUCAGCUUCGUUUACUAUUCUCACUGGAGGACUGAGUGUUGCUGAGACCUGUCUCAUAUACGUGGACGGAUUGGUUUGAUUGGUUUACAGAGAGAGGCUGUGGUUGGUCUUUAUAGCACUUUAUAAGUUUUGCUUAUUGCUGAACGCUGACAUCCAACAUUUCAAAAGCUUCAAGACAAACAACUAAAAUUCAUGUGAAAACCAAAAUAAUAUCUUCCUUACCUGCGUAGCGGUGUAUGUAUGAGACAAUGUACUGAUUCAGAGAGCAGGGAAACCACGCAGAGACAGAGACACCUGAAGACAAAGUAAAGACAAGCUCUCACCUCAAA